UGUGCAUAGUUGUGGUGUGUGUGUAUGUACGGUAUAUUAGCCUGUGUUUCUGAGGUGUAUUUGUGAGUAUAGUGCGUUAGGCCUACCUCCAUGCCUGACAGGUAGUGUAGGAAGAGGCACAUAUCUCGUAAUGAGGUAGACAUAAUAAUCCACUUCUAGGUCCACUUUCUAAAUAAUAAAUUCUAAUCAACUUAAUUAGGAACUUGGCUACUUUAUGUGAAUUUAUUUUGUAAAGUUUGAAUUUAGGCUUUGUAACUGUCAGUAGCACAAUUUUUAGUUUGUGGUGGGCCAUUACUACGGUACAUUUUGUGACAAUAAUAUUAGAGGAUUACCCCCUGGAAAAACCGGAAUUACCUCCGCUGCCGGCUCACAGGACUCGUGUGCUAAGCUGAUGGCAGUUGCCUAAUUUCAAGUCGACUUUGUGAAUCCUUCGAUUGCCAAGACCAGUGGUCUUUCUGCUAAGCUCCACCCCCUGGAUAUUGUUGCUGAGGUCCCAUAAAACGACGCGUGCGUUUGUGAGACGCGUGCGUAUUUCUGGUCCUGUUGUGAUUGGUCAGUUGUUAAGUUUGAUUGACAGCCUGGAAAUUUCCAUUGGAUGUGUAGCACUGCGCACGUAAUUAUCCGAUGCCGAAACAACAACAAAAAAAUGCAGAUCUUUUAUUUCGGGAUAUUUAAGACAGUGAAGUAAUGUCGAUCGCAUACCAGCAAAACACGCAAGUUGCUUAGAUUCCACAGCUAUCAAUUGUGAUCGACGACACACUAUAAACAUUUUGAAGAUAGAAAGACUACUGGCCGGUAACAUAAUGGAAAAUCGACGCCACUAAUGUGACUGAAGUGAAAUUAAUGUGCUGGAAUGAACUCUUUAAUAUCUGUUAGACCCACGUUCUUGUGAUUAGACUUGUACAGUUUGUUGUUAAUAAACAGAUUUACUGGUCAUAUGGCAUUCUCAUCGUUCAAAAUCCGUUAGCGCCUGCUAGUUAUUAAUUAAUGUCGUGUGUAAAUAUCACCUGUAUACUACACCGAUACAGUGGGUGACGUAUUUUGAGGUGGUUAUUGGACGAACGACAAAUCUUCACAAUAUAACACUACAUGACCGAAGUAACACCGCUUAUAGUAACUUUUUGAAUUUAGAAUGUUGUUUACCGUUCACCAUCGAUAAGGAAAAGUGUUGUCACAUUCGGAGAUAUGGCAGGCAGUCGCUUAAUGAUUGACCUCAUGAGAGAAAGUGACAACGCACGGUACAUGGACACACACUUUGAUGUUAACAACAUGAACAGCACACAACCGAUUAAUGGCAGUGUUUGCUACCCGCUAACCGAGGACUUCGCUCCCCGGAUGCUAUACCUAAAACUUGAGGAAGUCAUCACUGCAGUAGUGCUACCCAUAAUAUUGGUACUUGGUCUGUCGACAAACAUGUCAUUCUUAUACGUCGUCGGUAAAGUACGCUCAAUGCACACGGUAACCAACGCGUACCUCGUCAAUCUAGCCGUUGGUGAUAUGCUGUUUCUUAUCGUCGUCAUUUCCGACAAAUUGUGGAGUUUUUACACUUCGGAACUGUACUCGGAUCACUCCACGAGGUCUACAUUCAGCUGCACCGCCCUCAAUAUUAUAAGUUUUACAACUUUGUUCACUUGUGAGUUUCUGCUAACGGCAGUCGCUGCUGAACGCUACUACGCGAUCUGCCACCCGUACAGGUCAGCCCGACUAGAUCGUCGUCAUCUUAGUCGUAAUAUCAUCGCCUCUCUAUGGAUAAUCUCAGCCUGCCUUGGCCUAACAAUGACACCAGCCUUUUGUAAAUUAACGUCAUAUUGUAUAAUAUGGCCCGAUGAUGAGAAGUACGAUUAUCUGCCAACCGAAUGGGCCGCUUGCAGUUACGUACACAUCAUAGCUCGUAUCUAUGGUGACAUGUUACGCGCAAUACCAUUUUUCGUUGUCCUUAUUGUGAAUGUUGUUUUAUAUUCGCUAAUCAUUAAAGAGCUAACAAACAAGGGUAAAAAUGAAUGUGAGACGCAAGCAAAAACGAGCCGUAUAAUUCGUAACCAAGUUGCCAUGAUGCUCAUCGUCAACACAGCCGUGUUCUUCGCCCUUAUGUCGCCGUUCAACGUAAUGUCGGUGAUAAUGAUGUUUGAUAGUCUUCGAACGAAGCGCCUCCUUACUCCAGAGGGCCGCAGAAUAUGCAUUCUAUUCACUCGCCUCUUGAGUUACUGUAAUUCAGUUGUGAACCCGUUAAUCUACAAAGCCAUGAACGCACGUUAUCGGAAAGCGUUCGUUAUUGCAUUUGGCUGCUCGAAGGAAAAUCAUGAAGCCGCAGAUGUGACAGAAAAAACGAACACGAGUACAGCAUUCACGUCAUAAACACGCCUAUAAUACAUAUCUUUAAUUAUAAAUCCCACAAUUAAUUAAGGACAAGGGCUCGAUGAGGAGAUAUUCGUGCGAAAUAAGUUUUUAUGUAUUAACAGUACAAUUUAUCUUCUUAAAAGCGAAGGUUGAAAUACGUUUCGAGUAAUCGUCGAUAGACUUAUUUAUCAAAGUGACUAAUAGGCCUACCAUGAUCCAAAUAUUUCAAUGACAAUACUAUUGUUUUUAUGUUUUUGUAUAGCAGCUCUGACUGUAUGUGUGACAGUAAUGAUUUAUAUUACAAAAUUUGUAUAGACCUAAUAUAUAAUAUGAACUCAUAUGUAAUAUAGGGUAUGUAUUUACGUGUGUAUUGACGUGUAUUUGUGGUUAUGUAGUUCUAUGUUUAUGCCUAGGCAUUUUGUUGAUUAUAGAAACGUGAAAUAUCACAUUAUUAUUGAUACAACUUGCUUGUUUUAUUGUACAAAUAAUUAAUAUCUAAGAUGUUUUCACCAUAGUUUGACAAAUGUUUUUGUAUGUAAGUCAAAGAAAUCAAAGUAUUCAAGAGGAAUUUAAUGUAAAAUUAAAAAACUAAAAUCUCAAACAAUAGACAAGUUCACAAUUAUAUUGACCUUUGUAAUGGAAUUUUCCGCUAAGCCCCGCCCAUUGGAUAUUGUUGCUAAGGUCCCACAAACAGCGUAAUUUAAUGUAAGUAAGCACGUGCGUUUAUUGGACAACACGUAUGUUUGUAGGACACGCGCGUAUACCUAGUCGCAUUCUGAUUGGUCAGUUGUAAAGUUUGAUUGACACUCCUGAAAGGUCCACUGUUAGGCCUAUUAUGCAUAAUGUCCUUUCCGCUAAACCCCGCCCCUUGGAUAUUGUUGCUAAGGUUCCACAAAACACGACAAAUUAAUCGUACGCAAACACGUGCGUUUGUGGGACAGCACGUGUGUUUGUGAGACAUGCGCGUAUUAUU